UGCAGACAUCGGCGCGUGUACGCGCAUUGCAAGCUGUUUAAGGGGUUCUUUGGGUUUUUUCUUCUUUUCUGUACUUCCAGUCUCAUUCCUCAGUAUGAAGGCGCUGAGCCCUGUCCGCGGCUGCUACGAGGCGGUGUGCUGCCUAUCGGAACGCAGCCUGGCCAUCGCGCGGGGCCGCGGCAAGGGUCCAGCAGCUGAGGAGCUGAGCCUGCUUGAUGACAUGAACCACUGCUACUCGCGUCUCCGGGAACUGGUACCCGGAGUCCCGCGAGGCACUCAGCUUAGCCAGGUGGAAAUCCUGCAGCGCGUCAUCGACUACAUCCUCGACCUGCAGGUGGUCCUGGCCGAGCCCGCUCCCGGACCCCCAGACGGCCCGCAUCUUCCCAUCCAGACAGCCGAGCUCGCUCCGGAACUUGUGAUCUCCAAUGACCAAACGACCUUCUGCCACUGACCUGGCGGUCCUGGUGCUUCCAGAACGCAGGUGCUGGCGCUGGUUCCGCCUGGGACCCUGGGACCCUCUACGGCCGGAAGUCCUAGGGCAUGGAUGGGCCCCAACUUUGUCGUGCCCACUUGACUUCCCCAAAUCCCUGCCUCGAGGCUGGACCUGCGCCCGGGAGCGAAGGACUGUGAACUUGGGUGGCCUAAAAAGCCAGAGCUAGCUCUGGCACCAGCUGGGCGGCCUCCCGCAGCCUCCACCCCACCCCCAAGUUUUAAAGACUGUCUUUCAGUGUGUGGAGGUGUAGGGGGGUGGUGGCUACACUCCAAACUCUGCCAAGGCAGCGGUAGAGCUGGUCUUCUGGUCUCGGAGAAAGGCUCUGUUGCCCUGAUUAUGAACUCUAUAAUAGAGUAUUUAGCUUUUGUACCUUUUUUGCAGGAAGGUGACUUUCUGUAACCAUGCGAUGUAUAUUAAACUUUUUAUAAAAGUUAACAUUUUGCAUAAUAAACGGUUUUUAAACA